CGUUCAUUCAUUCCACAGUCACGCGCUGAACCGCCGACUCGUACUACAUUUUGACGUUUCUUAGUAUAACUUGAAUCAUCGUUUGUUGAGUCAGUGCAGUGUAGCAGGAAAGUGAUGGUAGGCUGGGUGCCCGUGUGAUCGAUUGGUGUUAUGCACGCCAUGAGCGACCCUUCGGCCCUGGCUGGCAUGUUACCCUUUGACUCUAUUGGACUUUACGAACAGCCGAAACCCAGAUUCAUCUUCAAGAUGCCGCGAGUGGUUCCCGAUCAGAAGGCGAAAUUCGAAUCCGAUGAUCUCUUUAAAAGGCUGAGCAGAGAGACCGAGGUACGAUACACGGGCUACCGCGACAGGCCGCCAGAAGAGCGCCAAAUGCGGUUCACCAGCGGGUGUCGCGAGGGCCACACCGAGAUCGCCUUCACCGCCACCGGCACCAACCUGCAGCUGGUAUUCGACCACUCACCUUACAACAACAGAGGCUGCGACUUUCAGAAGGAGAACGGCAAGGCCCACAUAGUGUCCAAGUUCAUAAUGAAUGGCGUGUGCGUAAGAUGGCGAGGUUGGAUUGACUUAGAGCGGCUAGACGGGGUCGGGUGCCUGGAGUUGGACGAAGAGCGAGCGGCCAUUGAGGAUGCAGCGCUGCGCGACCAGAUCGAGCGGUACAACCAGCGGCUGCGGGACUUCGAGGAUAAGCAGCGCGUAUACCGCGAGCACGGUGACGACCUGCGCGCGCACUCGCACGCGCACGCGCAGCGAUGCCAUCAGGCGCGCGCGCCGCCGCACGCAGCGCACGUCGCGCACCCCCACCCGCACCCCUCGCACCCUAUUCACAUGAAGUCUCAGGGAGCUCUCAUCUCGUAAACCAAAAAGCCGAGAAUAUACAUACCGUACAAUUUUGUUGUAUGUAUGUAGCUUUUGAACGUUGGACAUAUACUAGUAGCGAAAACUAUCAAGAUCACCAAAUUGCGUCCUCUCUUCUUAACAUUAAUGAUGAAACUAUAAAAUAAUCUGCUUGCUAAAAUAAUAUUCUCGUUUUUGUAAACGUAGCACCAAAAGUCUGACUGUGAGUCACGUAAUAAGAGUAUUACAUUUAAUUAUUUAAGAAUUAACAAAUGCCGUACGAUAACACCUAGCUCAAGUACUCAAAUUGAAUUAGAUUACUUACUAAUAGCGAUCUACGUAUUCGUUUCAGUCACCAAUACACUUUCAUUUGUUGUGUUGACCUAUUGAUAAGGAAUUUAGUUUAAUUUUCGUAAGGAAAUAUAGUACCGAGUAUAAUACAGCAACGCAAAUGACGGCAAAAAAAAACAAAUAUGUACCUUUUAUGUAUAGAUUCCGCUCCAAAUAGUAACUUGGAUAUAGAAGAAAUGAAUUAUGACAUUUCGUGGGUCAAGCUUAGUUUCAAAUCUGCAAUGUUAGAUUAUAAGUUAAUACGACAGUAGAAAACAAAUGUUUGUGAUGUCAAUAGUAUGAAAAUUCCACCAUAGUUACUUACUGCAGAAAACUAUACGGUAACUAUAAAUAUAGUACGUCUUGAACAUCUUCAAAUCAUUAAGUAAAUACAUUAUAGCUACCUACUCAUUAUUUUUAAAUUGAUAUAAUAACAUGUAUGUACUUUGGUUAAACUAAAUAUUGUCUACUAUUGUAUACUUUUGCUACUUACUUAAUUAAAUCAAAGUAUCUGUUCUUGUUUACUUUGUGUUAUAUUAUGUUAUUUAUUUUUAAGGGAAUUGUAUUACCUAAUACAAAGAAAAACUUUAAUACAAUUUUUGUGAUAGUAAUGUAAAUAAAACCUAAUGAUAUUUUAAAA